AUGCCUCCUCUACCCAUGCCUCCUCACGACAUCUGGAACCCUGACGGGUUUCAGAGCCCGGAGCUUGCUAUCGCCGUCGAGCGCUUGUCCCGCCGCACCAAUCCCCACACGAGCUCUAACCCUCCUCGCACGACGACUCGAGAUUCCGAACCGGGCAACGGCGACAGCGUUACGAAGGAGUACUUUAAGCACUCGAGCGCGAAGCGCGUCAACACCGAUGCUUUAGUGUUCAAAGCUCUCAAGGAGCAAUACCCCCAUCUCGAGCUGGUCGUUGUGCCCGAGGCCGUUGGCUUCAACGAUUGUAACCUGCUUGGGUUCGCUCGAGCCGGGCACGCUAGCUGCGAGCUUAUCGAGGACAAAGGCACCAACCUCCCCUCAUCGAUCGAAUGGCUUAUCUACCUAGCUCCAGCCCGGCGUCUCGACGGAGAGCAAGGUGGGCUGGCCAGCACAACCAAGUUUGGCAAGUACCUGUACAAGUGGCAGGGCCAUGAGUUCAUCGUCUAUCUGAUUGAUGGCCGCGACGGAACGGUCCCUUACCCGGUCAAGAACUACUAUAUCCUCGCCCCCGAGACCUAUCAUAUUGAUCAGCUUGUCCUGGCCGCCGGCAAGUGGAGCAGUGAUCUUCAUGAUGAGGUCUGGGUUUUUGACGAGGGCUACUGGCAAAAGAGCCGCGAGCUCUUUGAGAGCUUCCGGAAUGCCUCCUGGGACAGUGUUAUUCUCGACCAAGACAUGAAAAAGGCCGUCAUCGAUGACCAUCUGUCAUUCUUCAACUCCAGGGACACCUACCAGAACCUCAAGGUGCCUUGGAAGCGCGGCCUGAUCUACUACGGACCCCCAGGCAACGGCAAGACCAUCUCGAUCAAGGCCACCAUGAACAUGCUCCACCAGAUGAACAUCCCUACGCUGUACGUGCGGACGCUCGUCUCAUACAUGGGACCCGAGUACUCCAUCAAGCAGGUCUUCGGCAAGGCGCGGGAGUACGCGCCUUGCUACCUUGUUUUUGAGGACCUUGAUACGAUCGUGUCCGAGAACGUCAGGAGCUACUUCCUCAACGAGAUGGACGGUCUCAAGUCCAACGACGGCAUCUUCAUCAUUGGCAGCACGAACCAUCUGGACCGCCUCGACCCCGGCAUUUCCAAACGUCCAUCUCGAUUCGACCGGAAGUACCUGUUCCCGGACCCGAACCUCGAGCAGCGCAUCGCCUACUGUCGCUUCUGGCAGAAGAAGCUCCGGGCCAACGAGGAGAUCGUCUUCCCCGACAAGCUGUGCGAGGCCAUCGCCAAGAUCACGGACAAGUUCAGCUUCGCCUACAUCCAGGAGGCCUUCGUCGCCGCCCUGCUGGCCAUCGCGCGCCGUUCGCAUCAGCAGGGCAGGCGCGACAGUGUUCAGGCCCUCACGGAGCAGCUCGAGGACGACUGGCUCGGGGUGGUCGACGCUUCCGAGGACGAGGACUUGAAGAAGCUGGUGCUGUGGGUGGAGAUCAAGAAGCAAAUUGAGAUUCUCCGAGACGGCAUGGAGGAGGAGAACUAG